AUGACCGCGGACCGCGCGCCCGGGAAGGGGGAAGCGCGCCUGAGCCUCUUGGGUAGAGCGCUCGCGUACAGCGCGCACGGCGCCCGAAGGACCGCGCGCUACCGGCGCGCGCAGAUGCACCUGUACAACGUGCUGGAGCGACCGCGCGCCUGGGCGCUGCUCUACCACGCGCUCGUGUUCAUCCUGGUGUUCGGCUGCCUCGUUCUCUCCGUGUUCUCCACCAUCCCGGCCCACCAGGACCUCUCCUCCCACUGCCUGCUCAUCCUGGAGUUUGUCAUGAUUGUUGUGUUUGGCCUGGAGUUCAUUCUGCGCGUCUGGUCUGCGGGCUGCUGCUGCCGCUACCGAGGCUGGCAGGGCCGUCUGCGCUUCGCCAGGAAGCCCUUCUGUGUCAUCGACAUCAUCGUACUCAUCGCUUCGCUUGCCGUCGUGUCGGCGGGCAGCCAGGGCAACAUCUUCGCCACUUCUGCUCUGCGUAGCCUGCGCUUCCUGCAGAUCCUGCGCAUGGUGCGAAUGGACCGCCGGGGCGGCACCUGGAAGCUCCUGGGCUCUGUCGUCUACGCACAUAGCAAGGAGCUCGUCACAGCCUGGUACAUUGGCUUCCUCGUCCUCAUCUUCUCCUCCUUCCUGGUGUACCUGGUGGAGAAGGAGUUCAACAAGGAGUUUGCGACGUACGCAGACGCGCUUUGGUGGGGCACGAUCACCCUGACCACCAUCGGCUACGGAGACAAGACCCCCCAGACGUGGACGGGGCGCCUGCUCUCGGCCGGCUUCGCUCUGCUGGGCAUCUCCUUCUUCGCGCUGCCUGCGGGCAUUCUGGGAUCCGGCUUCGCUCUGAAGGUCCAGGAGCAGCACAGACAGAAGCACUUCGAGAAGAGGCGCAACCCGGCUGCCAGCCUCAUACAGGCGGCGUGGCGCUUGUACGCGACGGAUGCCGGGCGGCCGUACCUGAGCGCCACCUGGCAGCACUACCGAGCGCUGCUCCCGGCUCUCAGCCAGAAGCUGAGCUUCAAGGAGCGCGUGCGCUUGGCCAGUCCCCGCGGUCACAGCAUCCGCAGCCGGCAGUCGUCCGCCAGCGACCGCCGCUCCCCGGGUCCCGACCCCAGCGCGGAUGGAACCAGCCCAGCCAAGGUGCAAAAGAGCUGGAGCUUCAACGACCGCACGAGGUUCCGGCCCUCGCUACGCCUGAAGAGCCAGACUCGAGCGGCGCCGGAGGCGGACGGCGCUCAGGGUGCCGACGACGCCUUUGAUGACAAAGCCUGCCACUGCGAUGCGUCCCCGGUGGACCUCACGCCAGCGCUCAAGUGUGUCAUCAGAGCCGUGAGGAUAAUGAAGUUUCUCGUAGCGAAGAAGAAGUUCAAGGAGACGCUGCGGCCGUACGACGUGAAGGACGUGAUUGAGCAGUACUCUGCAGGACACCUGGACAUGCUGUGCCGCGUCAAGAGCCUGCAGACUCGGCUGGACACCAUUGUGGGUCCACAGCAGACCCGGAGCUGCGGAUCCAAGAAUAUUUCCUCCCCCUCCCUGCACUUAUAUUACAACCACAACAGGUGGAAGUCCUCGGCCCCUGGGGUGGACCAGAUCCUGGGCAAGGGCCACAUCCAAACGGACAAGAGGUCCAAGGAGAAGGUCCUCACCCCCGACGCUGAGGCGCUGGACCACAUAAGCAUGUUGGGACGGGUCUGUAGGGUAGAGCAACAGGUCCAGUCCAUUGAAACCAAACUGGACUCGCUGCUGGACCUGUACCGGCAGGCGCUGCGCAAAGGCUCGUCCUCCACCCUGCAGCUCGUGGGACUUGAGCAGGUGUCCGGCUCCCAGAGUUCCACCUUGCGGAAGGAGCACUGCAGCCCGACGCAGGAGUCUCGCUCAGCCAGUAUCAGCUCGCCACGGCACUUGCACCUUGUCCUGCCCCCAAACGAGCUGGGCCUCAGUCUCAACAGCCCUCCGUGCGGCUCUCAGUCCUCCUCGCUGUUCAAUCCAUCUCCUCCACCUCCGGAGAGCAGCUCCACCAGCUCCCCGCCGCCCCCCCUGACGCCCAACAGCCUCUCUAGGGUUGCAUUUCCUGACCUUGCCAGGUCACGGCCCAUCCUCCCCUCAUCACCCACUACUCUGCAGCUGCCCUCUUUGUCCCCACCUCCUGGACAUUUCUCCAGCUCCUGUGAGGCGGAUGCAGAACGAACCCCCGCUGGGCUCCAGCUGAGGAACGAGUGCAAUGCCGAGGAGGACGAGUCGUGGAGGCGGGACGCUAGCCUGGAAAUGGGCCCUGUCGCGUCGCCGCGCUCUCCCCCCGCCGACAGCCUGGACAAGUCUCCGUCGGUCCAAGACUUCCUGAGCAUGGACUCUCACCCUGAGCUCUCCUUGAGCUGCAGCAAAAGAAGGGCAAACAAAACAUCCCAAAGGGCCCAGAUGUCCCCAGCAGGCAGCGGGGACAGGAAGGCAGAAGUGCUCCCUGACAACAGGGACCGGCACACGUCAGGAAGCAGCUUCGGCGUGCAGCGUGACCCUCCCGGAGGCCCGCUAGGGGCUGAACCAGUGCGGCCACCUCCAGCAGGACAAUCUCCAGCAGGACUGGUCCACAGCAUCCCAGAGCUAAGGCUCACAUAGGCUGCGGUGGCUUUCGAAUGAGGCCCAGACCGAUCACUCGUGUCACAGCGAGGGCCGAGUCCACGCGCUCAGGGUGAACGGAGCCUGCCAGGGAGAUGCUCACAGCAGAGCCCCUGACCCUUUGGCUCGAGCGUGAGGCAGCCUUCCGGGGCCUUUCGCACACCACCUUUCCUUCUUCUCAGUCACCGGUUCGAGAUUCAGACACUCGUUCGUCAGCCAGGGGAGGUUACGUGUUCACGCUCCAUGGUCAUAGUGACUGG